UUCAUCUCACACAUUCCCAAAGUAAAAUCUAGGUAAGACCAAAAUCCCAGCUAGCCAUCCACUAGAUACAAAAUAAUAGUACCAGCAGCCAUGGCUAAGUCACGAACAAUGGUUGCGGCAUUGUUACUUGUCAUGGCAGUGUCCCUCGCUGCAUUAGAGGGUGUUCAUGGCGUCUGCGGCAUGUCAAAUGAUGAAUUCAAGCUUUGCCAGCCCGCGGCGGCAGUGAAUAACCCGACAGACAGUCCAUCAGCUGAGUGUUGUGCUGCCCUUGGGAAGGCCAACCUAUCAUGCAUCUGCCGCUACAAGGGCAUCGCCGGCAUAUGGCUGAGAAUGUAUCACAUCGAUGCAAACCGCGCCAUGGCGCUACCCGGUAAGUGCGGUCUCACCAUGCCGAACAACUGCUCUUGAUGAUCGGAUGUACUACCCAUAAGCAUCUAGCAGGUGUCAAUCGCUCUACAUAAGCUUCAACACUUAUAUGGCUAAAUAAGUGGAGGAGCACUUGGAAAGGCAUUGUGCUACUCGGUCUUAUUGUUAUAGUAUGGUUUGAAAGUGUGAUUAUCGCAUUAAGCUCUUGGUAAAAAAUAAUGCAUGUUAUACCGAAAA